CAUUUUUUAAUUAGACUAUUUAGCCUAUGUAUACAGUACGAAUCGUAGAAAGACAAUUCUUGUGAAAUAGUAGAAAUGAAGAUAGACUUUUUCCAUCUUCCCGGGCUUCCUUUUCCCACUUCUCUUAGAUUCUUUCUUCCUAUUUUCUAAACUCCUUCAGAACAAGAAGAAAUAUCAGCUCAGCCUACUCUUACAAUUAGUACAAACCUAUUUAUUAUUUUUGUCUCCUCUCUAAAUUAUACAAAUAAAUAAAUAAAUAAAUAUAUUAUUAUUUCUUCUAUACAAAAAAAAAAAAAAAAAUAAUAAUAAGCUCCUUCAUUAACUGCUAUCCAAACUCCAGCUAAACUACUCUCAACCACCAUAUCUCUCUUCUUCUUGUUCUUCUUCUUCAGUCUUCACUAUUUAUUCCACUUUCCGAUGAGACGGCGUCGUUUUUGAAUGGGCUGUGUCUAUAGCCGGCGAAAAGCCGGUAUUCCUCCAUCGGCGCCGGAUAAUCAUCCUCGUCGCCGUCGUGCUUCUUCUCUCUCUUUAAGAAGGGAAUCUGUUUCACCCAAUCAUAAACUUCCACGUCACUCAUCUAAUGUAUCUACCACUGAGCUUCGUCGACAAGUUAUCGACCCUUAUGGUGGUGGACCUACUACACACCAUGGUUGGCCUACUUGGCUUGCUGACGUUGUUGGUGAUGUCAUCAAUCAGUUCUCUCCUCGUCGUGCUAGUACUUUCCAAAAACUUGAUAAGAUUGGGCAAGGAACAUAUAGCAAUGUAUAUAAAGCAAGAGAUUUGGUGACAGGAAAAAUAGUGGCAUUAAAGAAGGUUAGAUUUGAUAAUUUAGAGCCAGAAAGUGUAAAGUUUAUGGCAAGAGAGAUAUUAGUAUUAAGCAAACUUGAUCAUCCAAAUGUAAUUAAACUUCAAGGUUUAGUUACUUCAAGAAUGUCAUCAAGUUUAUACCUUGUUUUUGAUUACAUGGAGCAUGAUCUUUCUGGGCUUUCUGCUUCACUUGGUGCUGGUAAUAAGUUCACCGAGCCUCAGGUGAAGUGUUUCAUGAAGCAGCUCUUCUCUGGGCUAGAGCACUGCCACAACAAUGGUGUUCUGCACCGUGACAUCAAGGGUUCUAAUCUCUUAAUUGAUAAUGAAGGAACUCUUAAAAUAGCUGAUUUUGGAUUAGCUACAUUUUAUGAUCCCACGCAAAAGAAGCCUAUGACCAGUAGAGUUGUCACCUUGUGGUAUCGUCCUCCAGAGCUGCUUCUUGGCGCCACAAGUUAUGGUGCUGGUGUUGAUCUUUGGAGUGCUGGUUGUAUUCUGGCCGAGCUACUAGCUGGGAAGCCAAUUAUGCCAGGACGGACUGAGGUAGAGCAACUGCACAAGAUAUUCAAGUUGUGUGGCUCUCCAUCCGAAGAGUACUGGAAAAAAUAUAAGCUGCCAAAUGCAACACUUUUUAAGCCACAACAGCCAUACAAGCGUUGUGUUUUAGAGACCUUUAAAGAUUUUCCAGCUUCUUCCCUCCCACUUGUUGAUGCACUUCUUUCAAUCGAUCCUGAAGGACGAGGCACUGCUACUGACGCCUUAAAUAGUGAAUUCUUUUCCUCCGAACCUUAUGCUUGUGAGCCAUCCACAUUGCCGAAAUAUCCUCCCAGCAAAGAAUUGGAUGUAAAGCUACGGGAUGAAGCAGCAAGAAGGCAAAGGGGUUCUAGCGGAAAAGCUAGUGCUGCCGAUGGUGUUAGGAGAGUUAGAAUGCGUGACCGAGCUGGUCGUGCAAUUCCUGCUCCAGAGGCCAAUGCAGAGCUACAAACGAAUUUGGAUAGGAUGAGAUUUGUGACUCAAGCAAAUGCCAAGAGCAAAAGCGAAAAGUUUCCGCCACCCCAUCAAGACGGAGCUGUAGGGGUCCCAGGAGAUACCACAAAUAACGGUCCACUAUCGUUUGGGGCAGCCGAGCAUUCAUUCGAUACUGCACAUUUCAAGCCAACCUUAUCGAAGUCCAGAAGCGUAACGCCUGCUGAAGGGACCUCUAGGAAGAAAAGAAUCCAUAAAGAGCCAGAAUUGGCCUCUUCAUGGAAAUUCUUCCAUGCUUGGAAACCUUCAGCCAUUGGGAUGUCUAUGGAUCUUAUGUUCAAGGGUAAAGGAUCAAUGACACGGGUUUCGAGCAGCCGAAAGUAAGAGAGUGGUUGAACUUGCCCCUCGUCCACAAAAUUAUAGGGGGUUUUGAGUUUUGGAGGAAGUUUUUGUAUACUAUUAUACCAAAUUAGUUGUACAGUGGCCCAUAGCUAGUGCUCUAUGUUUCUUUAUGUUCAUGAAUGAAGAACCAAAAUGAUGCCAAUGCAAUGCAAUAUUUGUUUUUCUCUUUCAAACAUAAACAUGUGUAGCAAAAUGCUAGAUUAUAUCUUAAUCCAAUCACUCUUUUACCCUUUCGGGAUGCUA